AUGUCUCAAUACCCCCGUUAUGAGACAUUAGAUGCACCCGAUGGGUCAGCAUUGACGUGGAUCUUUGAUCAUUGCUUGCGUUACGCCGACCACUACGAGAUUUCCCUUCGGGCUGCGUACGAACUCAAUUGCCAACCAUCGAAGAGCGCAAUGGGGGCUUCAUUUCUUCCUGAAUCAUCCUCCAUCUUCUCCCGCAAUUCUGUUUGGUCUAAACACUCACGCAACUCCAAGUCUUCGCUUGAUGGCCCUUCUUAUGACACCAAUGCCGAAUUCCGUGCCUAUUUGACCAAGGCUGUCUCUGAAUUGCCUACUCAACCUUGCUCGCUCCCUCCGAGCUUUAUUCUCUCCUUUGUGCGCCGCUGUUUUUGUCUGGAUCUGGCCGAUGUCGACUUUGCCCAAGCUUUGACUGCUCUUGAUUACCUUAGAGUUCUCCAAGGUCGCUGGAAAAAGGAGAUUUAUGCCGCCUUUAUCCGACUAAAUGUUACUUCCAAGGAUGCGAGUGACCCUCAGCACUCGGAAGUGGCCCGCAAAUACCCUAAUGUCUUGAACUGGUACAACGACAUCAGCCGCAAGGCACACCUGAUUGAGUGUAUGUACACUCAGGUCUAUGUCGGCCUGCGUCGCUGGGUUCUUGUCAAUCAGAUGAUGCUUGAGCCAUUCGACAAGGCCAACUGCCUUGCUCUUCUCAAUACUCUACUGCCGCCUGUUCACCGAGAGAGCUCUACCCCAACACAGCAGUUGUCGACAGCCACUCUUGGACAUCAUCGUGACACCUUCUUCAAAUACAUUACCAACUACAAGGGUGAUCCUGCAAUGCUGGAACCUAUUAUUAAACAAGGCGCUCGAUCCAAUGAGGAGAACGGGUGGCCUGCAUUGCAUGAAACCUUUGACCGAUACCUGAUCGCAGCCCUCGAAAUGAUUGACGAGUGUGUUUUAAUCAAUGAGCCUAGUCAGAUUGGCAAGUCCGGGGUGCAGCGCCGGACCGACUCGGGUAUCAGCUUCGGUCCUGAUUUUGGUCCUUGUCCUGCUACCUCCCAAUCAUCGGGCACUGAAAAGCCUCUUCCCCAUUUCCCUGAACCGAACACAGGCACUAGCAAGCAUGGCUCGUUCCUGGACCGAUUUUCCUCUUUGUCGGGAUGGGGCAAGAAGAAAGACCCCAAGAAGGAGCAGGAGAGGGAGCAGCAGAGGGAGUUUGCGCGCAGUCUGAAGAAGAUGCAGUCGAACAGAUCAUUCAACAGUCGGGGUAGCAGCACCAAGGCGCCAGCCAAGUUCAACGCAAACAUAUCUUUCGAAUUGACUGAUGAUAAGCGCCAGCGUUUGAUUGAUGAAGCCCAAGCUCGCAAGGCAAUCGGCGCGGCCGAGGCGGCUCAAAGCAUUGGUCAGGCCGUUUAA